CAGCAGAGGAGCUGUAGUAGGAACUGCAACAGUGGAAACUGCACUAGCAGAAACUGCCAGGGUAAAACGAAGUUGUAGACACUGUAGUGAUGGAAACUGCAAGAGUAGAAAUUGCAGCAGUGGAAGCCACAGCACUGGAAAAAGCAGCCGUGGAAACCACAGUGGUGGCAUCUGCAGCAACAGAAACUGUUGAAGCAGUGGAAACUGCAGCAGCCGAAACUGCAGCGGCGGAAACUGUAGCUGUAGAAACCACAGCAGUGGAAACUGCAGUGGCGGAAACUGCAGCAGUGGAAAUCGCAGCAGUGGAAACUGCAGUAGCAGCAGAUGAGCAAGCAGGAGCAGGACAAGAGCGACGUGGGGCAAAGAAGAAAGUGGAUGAUGCAGGGACCAUCGCAGCGUUCUAUCCAGGUGGACGAGGUAUCAAUGUUGAAUACUAUGCAGGACCUUACUCCCCCCCUGCGGGAUUACCAUCAGGAGGGAAUGCUUCUAACUCGACACUCAUCCAAGCUCCUAGAGUUAUCACAGACCUGAUGGAGGUCACAGAAGAAAUGCUAGAGUACACCUACGUGAAAAAGUUGCAAGCAUACUUUGUUCCUCCAACAACAGGCCAUUACCAGUUUUCAAUGUACUCAGACUAUUCAGGAUACAGAAGUACUCGGCCAGAAGAAGGUGAGGUUCAGCAGGACAAAGUCAGAAGGAGCCCCAUCAGAGCGAGGCGAGUGGAAGAGGAAAAAAUAAAAGGGACACCGGCAACACAAGCCGAGAGGAAAGGGUAUAAGCAGUGCAAGCUGACAGCUACGCCUCCAGAAGACUGGCAGAUCCAGGGAACAGAGCUGAGAAGAAAGAUGUGACCGCAGAGAGGUGGAUACCAAUUGUGGAGGUCCCUGAGUMCUCUCUGWAUAWUUAUCUGGACAAGAAGGCAAGAGAGGRCUACACGUUGAUCGGCUUAGAGCAUAGUCCUGACAGACGACCAGGAAGCACACUUAUGAAACCAGGGUUACAACGAUCAAGAUAUACAGUAAACUUCUCUCUGUCUCCCGCGUUCAACUGCAUCUGACAGGGUCUCUGAUGGAGACACGGAGAGGCAUCAUAGGAAAAGACAAGGAAACAGAUUACAAUCUCCACAGUAUUGCAGCUGAGGGUUUAGGGGUUAGGGUGUAGACAGAAGCAACAAAAGGAAUAUGAACGG